UGUGGCCGGCGUCCACGCGCGUUGCGCAGCGGUUUCUCGACGCACCGGUCAUAAUGCGCGCUUAUUGCAACAUGCCAAUGUUCGAUUAAAUUUCGUCUCGAAUUCUCGACGGUCGGCGCCGCCGCACGCGGACUAUCCAACCGGCAACAAGCCUUGAUCGUCUACACGCGAAACCGGUGUGUGUGUUUGUGUGUUUUGCGUCGUAUGUGACAACACACACGUCGUUACACGAGCCACCUGCAGUAAUCGUAUCGCAGACGAUCGGUGCGCGACGUCGGAAUACAACGCCACAAAACGCGUGUCCGCGUUCAAACUACCAACGCUGCAACACGGACGGACUGAGCGCGUGUCGUACGCGAUGGAGUGUUGUCAGUUCUCUUCCGGUUCGUCCAGGCAGAUCGCCGCGUGCAUUGUCGCGUCGUUGCCUGUUUUCAUGACAGGCAUCGUGCUCGGAUGGCCGUCACCAGUCAUAGAAUAUAUGUCAGCUGGGCAGGCACCCGUGUCACUGACGUCGGUGCAGAUAUCGUGGAUGGUCGCGUGCAUCGACAUCGGCAACUUCGCCAUGGCUUUGCCUGCGGGAUGGCUGAUGGACCAGAUUGGGCGCAAGAACACGGUAAUUGCAUCCGCACCGCUCAUGUUUGCUGGAUGGAUGUUCAUAUUGCUGGGCCGACAUGCAUGGUGCCUAUUUGUGGCCAGGCUUCUCCAAGGGGCUGCCGUCGGCAUCGCAUGGGUAGUGGCUCCGGCGUACGUUGGCGAGAUGGCCAACAUCGUGAUACGUGGCAAGCUCAGCUUGUUGGUUCAGCUCAGCUACGCAUUGGGCCUGUUGUUUUCGUACUUUGCAGGUUGGCUGCUUGGCGAUUACGUCACUCUGGCUAUCACGUCUGCCAGUGUGUCGAUCAUCUCCGGCGUACUAUUCCUGUUUCUGCCCGAGUCACCGUAUUAUUUGAUGCUGGACGGCCGGCCGGACGACGCGGCCAUAUGCCUCUGGUCCCUACGGAGUUACACGGAUGACGAUUUACAAACCGAAUUGUUGACCGUCAAAGAUUCCAUUUUAAACAACAGGCAAAAAUGGAACGUCGAUGACCUGUUGAACAGAGACCAUCGGCCGCUGGUGAUCGUCUUGGUGUUGGCCGUGCUGCAAAUGGCCUGCGGGGCUGGCGUGUUGGAAGCGUACGCGGCGUCCAUCAUAUCGAACGUCCAAAUAUCGGCAAACGCGUCCGCCGUCUACCUGGGCAUAGUCAUACUGGUGGCCGCUGUGCCGUUCGCACUGGUUGUGGACCGGUCCGGUCGGCGACCGCUGAUGAUCCUCUCGUGCUUCGGGACGGCUGCCUGUCACGCGACCGUGGCAAUCGUCCUCUGGUGUCAGGACGUGGUCGGCCACCGCUGGCUACUGUUGUUUUGGUCGAUAGCCGGUGCCCAGUUCUUCAUCAACAUCGGCAUUAUGCCUCUGCUGUCCGUCAUCCAGUGCGAGUACUUCCCGUCCGACACCCGGGCCCUUGCCGACACGGCUGUCGUGAUGGCCGUCACCAUCACGUCCACCGUCAUGAUUACGACUUACCAGCCGGUGGCUGACGCUCUGGGCGUGUCCACCAACUUCGUCAUCUACUCAAUCGCUUCCCUGGCCGGCGGCCUGUUCUGUUGUCUGUUCAUGCCCGAGACCAAGCGCAAGUCGUUCGCUGAAAUACAAACAGACUUCCGCAAGGCCGAAGAACGGCUCACCGACAACGAAGUCCAGAAACUUCGCGACUAUCAGGAGAUCUGAGUCGCGCGCCCGUCUCGUAUUACGACCACUGCACAGCGUGUUAAAACGCAUUCAAACGUGUCAAAUCUCUUAAUGGGGGGAUACACCCGUUCAAUAAACUAUAAACAACCUAACCUAACCUACGCGUCAUUCGUUGCGACUGAAUCGUAAAUUUCAACGCGAUGACAUCUGCUAGACGCCUCCGUUAGGUCUUGUGGAAUUUUAUACGGACAUAUUUAUUAAGUUAUUAUUUUUAAUUAUUUUUAUUAAGACGCGACGCCGAUAUGUAUAUAUUUAUCACUAGGACUGGGAUUUUGAUGCCAUGAUAUUUUUUUUCUGGUACUUCGAAACGUUGUUCGUAAAUAUAAAAUGUGUUUUGGUUGAUACCGAUUAUUUUAUUGUAAUUUUUUUUUUUUUUGCUUUUUUCAUUUUUUGAUUAAAUUAACCUUAAUAAUGCACUUAUAGGGCAUACAAUAAAGUCAUAUUUGCAUUUUUUU